UAAAACUAGAAAAAAAAAACAGAGAAAACAAGAAUGGCUGCGAAUCUAAGGAACAAUGCGUUCUUGUCUUCUCUCAUGUUGCUUCUCUUAAUCGGUUCCUCAUACGCAAUCACAAGUUCAGAGAUGAGCACAAUCUGUGACAAGACUUUAAACCCAUCUUUCUGUCUUAACUUUCUCAACUCGAACUUUGGAUCUCCUAAUCUUCAAGCCUUGGCAAAAACCACACUUGAUUCCACACAAGCAAGAGCUAAACAAACAUUCAAAAGACUACAAUCUAUCAUUGAUGGAGGAGUUGACCCGCGAUCCAAAUUAGCUUACAGAUCAUGCUUAGAUGAAUACGAGAACACAAUUGGAAACCUUGAGGAAGCUUUCGAGCAUUUGGCUUCAGGCGAUGGCGCGGGGAUGAAUAUUAAAGUUUCUGCUGCAUUAGAUGGAGCUGAUGCAUGUUUAGAUGAUGUGAAGAGAUUGAGAUCAGUAGAUUCUGCGGUUUUGAAUAACAGUAAAGGAAUUAAGAACUUUUGUGGUAUUGCUCUUGUUAUCUCUAACAUGUUACCACGUAGAGCUUAAUCUGUAAUCUUCAUUAUGCGUUUGCUCUGAGUAAUUGUAUUGUACUAUUGUUUGUAAGAGAACGAUUACAUUAUUAUAUUUACCAU